GUUAGUGCAGAAAGCCAAAUUUGGCACAUGAGGAAAGCCAAAAAGCCGGCGGCAAAUAAAAUGCUGAUGACGUUGACGAGCGGAGUUGGGAGGGACAAACUGGAAGCUUUUUUGACAUUUUGAACACGACCGAGAAAAAAAAAGUUUUGAAGCACGUUUGCAGAGUAAUCCGAGAUGGCCUUACGCAUACCCAAGAGUACACUUCCUCAACUUUUCAAAGACGGCUACAAGAUUCAUCAAGGUAUUGAUGAGGCCGUGUUGCGCAACAUUGAUGCCACUCAUGAACUCUCUGAAACUGUCCGCACAUCGAUGGGUCCCAACGGCCGUAAUAAAAUGAUCGUCAAUCAUCUCGAAAAGUUAUUCGUCACCAACGAUGCUGCUACCAUUAUUCGCGAACUGGAAGUGGUUCAUCCGGCUGCUAAACUCUUGGUGAUGGCCUCUCAACAACAGGAGGCUGAAAUCGGUGAUAAUACGAACUUCGUCAUUGUGCUUGCUGGUGAGCUCUUGCACAAGGCCGCGGAUCUGUUACGACUCGGUCUUCAUCCUUCCGAGAUCGUGCAAGGCUAUGAGCUUGCUCGUGACCGCGCAUUGGCUCUUUUACCAGAACUCGUGGUGGAUAAAGUGGCGUCACUCACAACACGCGAAGAACUGUUCAAGGUGGUCAAAUCGGCCAUUGCUUCCAAGCAAUACGGUUACGAAGACUUGCUCGGUCAACUUGUUGCUGAGGCUGCAUUAAAUGUCAUGCCCAAGAACCCCAAAGAUUUCAACGUUGAUAACAUUCGCGUCGUCAAAGUGAUGGGUUCUAGCAUUUACGAAUCCAGAGUCGUGCGCGGUAUGGUAUUUGGAAGAGAACCUGAAGGUUCUGUACAAAAGGUCACUCAGGCUAAAGUGGCUGUAUUCACAUGUCCUUUGGAUAUCGCACAAACCGAAACCAAGGGCACUGUCUUGAUUCACAACGCACAAGAAAUGCUCAACUUUAGCAAAGACGAAGAAAAACAUAUUGAAAAGAUUUUCCAAGAAUUGGCGGACGCUGGUGUAAAGGUGGUUGUGAGUGGUGCUGGUAUUGGUGAACUUGCUUUACAUUACUUGAACCGAUUCAACAUUAUGGCCGUCAAGGUGCUCAGCAAGUUUGAUAUUCGCCGUCUUUGCCGUGUGGUGGGUGCGACGGCUCUUGCUCGUCUGGGUGCCCCCAUGCCCGAAGAAAUGGGUUUUUGUGACAUUGUUGAAACCGUGGAAAUUGGCAGCGAUCGUGUCACCGUGUUCCGUCAGGAGGAAGCCGACAAGUCUCGUACCACGACCAUUGUGGUCCGUGGUGCAACGCAAAACCACAUGGAUGAUAUUGAGCGAGCUUUGGAUGAUGGUGUGAACGUCAUCAAGGCCGCCACUCGCGAUGAUCGUUUAUUGGCCGGCGCCGGUGCCUCGGACAUGGAACUGAACAAACGUCUGCAGAAUGUGGCGUCAAAGACGCCUGGUUUAAAUCAGCACGCCAUGAAGCGAUUUGCCGAAGCACUUGAAGUGGUUCCUCGCACUUUGUGUGAAAACGCAGGUAUGGAUGCCACCGCUGUCUUGUCCCGUUUGUAUGCAGCACAUUACCAGGAAGGCGAUGCUGGUUUGGCCAUCGGUGUUGAUGUGGAGAACGAUAAUGACGGUACAUUGGAUGCUGUCAAGGCACAAGUGUAUGACAGUUAUGCCGCGAAAUACUGGGCUCUCAAGUUGGCAGCAGAUACUGCUGUGACGGUGCUCAGAGUGGAUCAGGUAAGAGCACGAGCAAGGCAAUGAAGGUGUACUGGAUCCAAUUGUUGACGGUUAUUUUUUAUUUUGUUUUAAAUAGAUCAUCAUGUCUAAACCUGCUGGAGGUCCCAAACC